CUCCAAAACCUUCCACCUAAAAUCGCACUUCUUUAACAUCAUGAAGAAGCCCACUGGCACAGAUCCAGUGGGCUACAGUCAGGGGUUAAGGAAGUGAGAAUUACUGGUGAGAGCAGAGGUCUGGUGGAUGAGUGGGGUUUUAGGGUGAAGAGAGAGGAUUAGGUGGAGGGUCGGAAGUGUAGGAAGGUGUCAUGGAAGUGAAGUUUUGGGAAUUUUUGGGGUCUUGGGAGGAUUUUUAUGUGCUCGUUUGACCUUCGAUUGUGGUAAGGGUAAGGAUAUUUUUGAAUGAUUGUUGGAUCAGAGGUUAAAUUGUUAUGUUAUUGGCAUCUCAAAAUGGUAAUAUUUUUAUAUCUCUUCCAUUGUUAUAGUUCAGGUUAUUAUGUAUAAUACUGGAUAAGGUCAAAGAGCAUGUUUAUAAUUAUUUAGUAAAAUUAUAGGUUCAAAUAAAACUGUAUAUUAAUGAGUAUUAUUACUCAAAAUUUACCAGAAAGAACAUCCGAUUGAAUCAAAUAAUUUUCAAAUAGAACUCCUAAGCAGGCUAAACAAAAGCUGAAGCUGAUCUAGAGACUACCCCUAGGUCGCUCCAACGAAGGCCCGAUGCUAAGCGAAGCUUCAUACCUUCAGAAGUGCCAGAGAGACUUCCUGUGUGACAAAGAUAACUUAUCAGCUAGAAACAACUGAAGAAGAAGUUAUGACCAAAGCUUGCUUCGGCCAGAGAAGAUUCUUUGGUUCAUGAAUCUGUUGUAAUAACGGAAGAAGAGAAUAUAUUUAUGGAAGGGAUCAAACCAUGAGCUAGUUAUAUGACCAAUGCUAAAGAAGAGUUUUAACAGUUGACAGUAAAGAUAGGAAUCUUGGAAUUGGUACUUGGUAAAGUUUACUCAAAAAUUUCACCGAAUGAAAGAUCCAGUUAAAAACCCUCAACAUCCCCAAAAAUCCAUCUCUGAAAUCAUAGGCCCUCCAAAAAUCCUUCGUUCAUCUUCCAUGCUCAAUCUCUUCUUCCACCAGGCUCCUACAC